CCCCCUUUCCUCUUUUCUUUUUUUAAUUCCAAUUUUUUUUUUUCUAUAACCAUGCAACGAUUCGUACAUCAAGCCCGUCGCUUGACUCCUGCUCUUCAAUCUAGCCGAGGAUAUGCUUCUCAAGCCACCAAGUCUGCUGGUGAACAAGUCCCUGGUGAAACUUUUGCUACCUCUGCUUGGAAAAAGACUGCUAUUGUUGUAGCCAUUGGUGCUGUAUGGUACAAUGUGGAUCAAUCCAUUUCUAAUGCUGGUAACAAAAAUAUCAUCACCAAAUGGGUUGAAACUGCCAUGACCUCUAGCGAAGAAAACGACAAAAUCAAUGCCUCAUUUUACAACCACUCUCAAACUCUUGCUGACUACAGAUUGAUUUACCAAGAUGCUCAACGAGCCCCUGUCUAUCGUAUGAGAUACCCAGAAUCAUUUGAACGUUGCAGUCCUCGUGCUUUGACUGCUGGUGCUCAAGCAGACUUAUCAGAUGUCAAAAUCCGAUCCGAUUAGAGGAACAAUAGGAUUGAAACAAACUAGAAAUGAAAUAGAUUUUUCCAAUUUUUUUUCUUAUCAAUAGAUUAGUUUUGUAUUUUAUUUUUAUUUUUAUUUAUUUGUUUUCUGUUUGUUUGUACAAUUUUAAUAAUAAAAAAAAAAAAAUAAAGAAAAAGAAACCUGCC